UAGCUGUCGCUGCUCGUCUGUUUCCUCCUCUGGUUGCUGAAUUGCGCUGGUUUCAUGGAGAGGUAAACAUGUCUGUAAUGGGAGGUGGUACGAGGGGUUUUUAUUUCAACACAGUGCUGUCGCUGGCCCGCUCUUUAGCCGCCCACCGCCCCGCGCCGGUCGAAAAGGUCCAGAAACUACAAUGUAUGUGUCCAGUGGAAACGCGCGGUGUGUUCACUCUGGAUGUGCGGCGCAGAGAUGCUGUUAUUGCCCUGGCUGUGUUCCUGGUGGAAUCUGGUUUACAGCACAAAGACAUACUUGUACCCUACUUGCUGAGCCUAUUGAAAGGGCUACCCCGGGUCCAAUGGAUCGAAGAGAGCUUGGGAAAGAAAGGAAAGGAAUUUCUCCCAGUUGCAGAAAACUUCAGCUUCUGUCUAGUGACUCUCUUGGCAGAUGUGGCUCAGAGGGACCUAGACUCCCGACAAGAGAUUUUAAACACUAUAAUGGAGGUCAUGGAGGCGCUACAGGAGAUCUGCCAAACACCAGACAACCACGACAAAGUCUUCCUGUGCAGGUACAUUGUCCCCAGCCUGCUUGGCGUGACUCGAGCUUUUGGCCGCUACAGCGUCACAGACGAAGCCCUGUUGUCCAAGUUGUUCCCCAAAGAUUCGCCCCAGGCUCGCUGCGUCACUGAGGAAACCGAGGGCGUGCGCCGCAGAUCCUUCAACGAUUUCCGCUCUAUUCUUCCAUCCUCGCUGCUCACAGUGUGCCAGAGCGACACUCUGCGCCGACGCACCGGGACCAACCUGGAUUCCUCCUCACAGCUCUGUACAGAUUCAGGGGGCCACUCACCCUGCUCUCCUACAACCCCAGGUCCACAAUACUUUGAAGGUGCCUAUCUUCCAGACAGCAGCUCAGUCGACCCAGACUACUAUUUCUCCACAGUCAGCUCCAGCUUCUCAAUGUCACCCCUCUUCAUGGUGGUGGGGGAGAACGAGAUCGAGGUGCCCGUGGAUGUGCUCCGACAGCUCCUUGGCAUGGUGAAGAAGUUUGUCACUGAAUCUUUUCUGAAAACUCUGGACGCCACUGUGUCAGAAGUCGCAGAGUCUAAUCCUGGAAUCAACCUCUGCUACAAAACCUUCAGUGACCCUCUCUAUGUGUGUGUGUUCAAAAUGCUGCGGGACACACUAUACUACAUGAAAGACUUGCAGCCGACAUUUGUUCGCGAGGUGCACGACUUUGUCCUGGAGCAGUUCAGCAGCAGUCAGUCGGAGCUGCAGCGGAUACUCAAUGACUCGGGGGGGUUACCGGGGGAACAGAGCCCCCUCAAGCUCCGUUGCCAAGCCAACGCUGCCUGCGUGGACCUCAUGGUGUGGGCCGUCAAAGACGAGCAAGGAGCUGAGAACUUGUGCACCAAACUGUCGGAAAAGCUGCAGUCGAAAACUUCUAGUAAAGUCAUCAUUGCUCACAUGCCCCUGCUCAUCUGUUGCCUGCAGGGUCUGGGACGUCUGUGUGAGAGGUUUCCAGUAGUUGCUCAUUCUGCCACAACCUCUCUCAGGGAUUUCCUGGUGGUUCCUUCCCCUGUUCUCAUAAAACUCUACAAGUAUCACAGUCAGUACAGCACAGGCACAGGAGAAAUUAGGAUAAAUGUGACCAACGAGCAUUCGCAGUCCACCUUCAACAUACUCUCCAACCGUAAAGACCAGCCGUCCAUGUACGAGCAGCUCAGAGACAUCUCCAUUGACAACAUCUGCAGGUGUCUGAAAGCUGGUUUGACCAUGGACAACGUGAUCGUAGAGGCCUUCCUGGCCAGUCUCUCCAACCGCCUGUACAUUUCCCAGGAGAAUGACAAGGACGCUCAUCUAAUUCCGGAUCACACCAUUCGAGCACUGGGCCACAUUGCAGUAGCUCUGAGGGACACUCCUAAAGUCAUGGAGCACAUCUUGCAAAUCCUUCAGCAGAAGUUUUGCCAGCCUCCGUCCCAGCUGGAUGUCCUCAUUAUAGACCAGCUUGGCUGUAUGGUCAUUACAGGAAAUCAAUACAUCUAUCAGGAGGUGUGGAAUCUGUUCCAGCAGAUCAGCGUGAAAGCCAGUUCAGUGGUCUACUCGGCCACUAAAGACUACAGAGAUCACGGUUACAGGCACUGCUCUCUGGCCGUGAUAAAUGCUCUGGCCAACAUCGCGGCCAACCUGCAGGGGGAGCAGCUGGUGGACGAACUGAUGGUGAACCUUUUGGAACUGUUUGUCCAGCUUGGCCUGGAGGGAAAGAGAGCCAGCGAGAGGGCCUCAGACAAGGGUACAGCUCUGAAGGCAUCGAGUAGCGCUGGGAAUCUCGGAGUCCUCAUUCCAGUGAUUGCCGUGCUGACCAGGCGGCUUCCGCCAAUCAAAGAAGCCAAGCCCCGCCUCCAGAAGCUGUUCAGGGAUUUCUGGUUGUACUCUGUGGUCAUGGGUUUCGCUGUGGAAGGCUCAGGGCUUUGGCCAGAAGAGUGGUAUGAAGGUGUGUGUGAAAUUGCCACCAAGUCUCCUCUUCUCACCUUCCCAAGUGGAGAACCUCUUCGCUCUGAGCUACAGUACAACUCGGCUCUGAAGAAUGACACAGUGACACCGGCUGAGUUGAGUGAACUGCGGGCGACCAUCAGCAACCUCCUUGACCCACCUCCCGAAGGAUCUGCCCUCAUUAACAAGCUAGACUUUGCCAUGUCCACGUACCUCCUCUCAGUCUACCGAUUAGAAUACAUGAGGAUGCUGCGAUCCAAUGAUCCUGACAGGUUCCAGGUCAUGUUUCGCUACUUUGAAGACAAAGCCAUUCAAAAAGACAAAUCUGGAAUGAUGCAGUGCAUUAUUUGUGUUGGUGAUAAGGUAUUUGAUGUCUUCCUCCAGAUGAUGGCUGAGAAGCCAAAGACCAAGGAGCAUGAGGAGGAAUUAGAGCGACAUGCCCAGUUCUUGUUGAUCAACUUUAACCACACUCACAAGAGGAUCCGCAGAGUGGCAGACAAAUACCUCUCUGGUUUGGCUGAGACAUUCCCCCAUCUGCUCUGGAGCGGUCGCGUGUUGAAGACCAUGUUGGAUAUUUUGCAGACGCUCUCUCUCUCCUUAAGUGCUGACAUUCACAAGGAUCAGCCAUACUAUGAUAUUCCAGACACCCCGUACAGGAUCACUGUUCCUGACACAUAUGAGGCCAGAGAGAGCAUAGUGAAGGACUUUGCCGCUCGCUGUGGUGAGAUCCUGAAAGAGGCGAUGAAAUGGGCCCCUUCAGUCACAAAAUCCCACCUACAGGAGUACCUGAACAAGCAUCAGAACUGGGUGUCAGGACUGUCCCAGCACACUGGCCUUGCCAUGGCCACAGAGAGCAUACUGCACUUUGCAGGCUACAACAGACAGAGCACUACACUAGGCGCUGCUUUCCCUCAGACCACCCAGCUGACAGAGAGACCGGCUUGUGUAAAGAAGGACUACUCCAACUUUAUGGCAUCACUCAACUUGCGAAACCGGUACACGGGAGAGGUGGCUGGUAUGAUGCAGUUCUCAGAGGCAACUCACAGUCAGUCAGACCUCAACAAGCUGAUGAUCCAUCAGAUGACCAUUGCUUUGGACAGAAAAGACCCGGAGGCGUUCACCCAGGCCAUGUUCAAGAUGGCCGCCCUGCUUAUAACUAUCAAAAACUGCGAUCCACUUCUCCUGCACCACCUGUGUUGGUCUCCUCUGAAGAUGUUUACAGAGCAUGGCAUGGAAACCGCUAUAGCCUGCUGGGAAUGGCUCCUGGCAGCACACAAUGGGGUGGAAGUGCCUUUCAUGCGUGAGAUGGCGGGAGCUUGGCAGAUGACAGUAGAGCUGAAGAUGGGCUUGUUUUCCGAGGCGAAGGUUGAGACCGGCCCGUUGGCCGUCUCAGAGGAGAGUCCGCCUGCACCCUGCGCCCCUGAUGUCGUCCCUCACUUUCUCUGGAUAGAGUUUCUGGUGCAGAGGUUUGAGAUAGCCAAGUACAGCAGUGCCGACCAGGUGGAGAUUUUCACCACCAUUUUGCAGAGGUCUUUGUCUUUGAGUGUUGGAGGAUCCAAAAGCAGCCUCAAUCGGCAUGUCGCUGCCAUUGGACCAAGAUUCAGACUGCUGACUCUGGGUCUGACCCUUCUCCAUGCCGAUGUGGUGACCAACGCCACCAUAAGGAACGUGCUUCGAGAAAAGAUCUACUCCACGGCCUUUGACUACUUUAGUGUCACUCCCAAAUUUCCCACUCAGACGGAUAAGAGGCUGAGAGAAGACAUCAGUAUAAUGAUCAAGUUCUACGCCAGUCUGCAGUCUGACAAGAAGUAUCUGGCCGCCAACCAGCUGGUUCCCCCAGAUCCCCAGGACAUGUCAGUCAACAGUCUGUCCGUGAUGGCGGUGACAGACAGCCGGAACAGUCUUGAUGCAGCUGUGGGCCAGAGGCAGCAGGUAACUCAGGGCUGGAUCAACACCUACCCUCUGUCUUCAGGGAUGUCCACGAUAUCAAAGAAGUCAGGACUGUCUAAAAAGAGCAACAGAGGCUCUCAGCUGCACAAAUAUUACAUGAAGCGCAGGACUCUACUCCUGGCGUUGCUGGCCAGUGAGAUCGAGCGUCUGACGACAUGGUACAACCCGCUGUCCACUCAGGAGCUUGCUAUUGCUACAGAGCAGUCGGUGGAGACCAGCAUUGCUAACUGGAGGUCCAAAUACAUCAGUCUGACAGAAAAACAGUGGAAGGACAACGUCAACCUGGCCUGGAGCAUAGCGCCUUACCUAGCCCUGCAGCUGCCUGCCAGAUUCAAAAACACAGAGGCCAUCGUCUCUGAAGUGACUCGUCUGGUGCGAAUGGAUCCGGCUGCUGUCUGCGACGUUCCUGAAGCAGUCAAGUUCCUGGUGACGUGGCACACGAUUGAUGCCGACUCUCCAGAGCUGAGUCACAUCCUGUGCUGGGCUCCGGCUGAUCCCCCGACUGGGCUGUCCUACUUCUCUUCCAUGUACCCUCCUCACCCGCUCACCGCCCAGUAUGGGGUCAAAGUACUCCGCUCAUUUCCUCCUGAUGCCAUCUUAUUUUACAUUCCUCAGAUCGUCCAAGCACUUCGAUACGACAAGAUGGGCUACGUAAGGGAGUACAUCCUGUGGGCUGCUCAGAAGUCUCAGCUGCUGGCGCACCAGUUCAUCUGGAACAUGAAGACCAACAUAUACUUGGAUGAGGAAGGACACCAGAAAGACCCGGACAUAGGCGAACUGCUGGAGCAGAUGGUGGAGGAGAUCACGGGCUCUCUGUCCGGCCCAGCCAAAGACUUUUACCAGAGAGAGUUUGACUUCUUCGACGAGAUCACCAAAGUGUCAGCCACUAUCAAACCCUUUCCCAAAGGGGAGGAGAGGAAGAGGGCCUGUCUGGAAGCCAUGUCACGGAUCAAAGUCCAGCCUGGCUGUUAUCUUCCCAGUAACCCUGAAGCCAUUGUUUUGGAUAUAGACUACAAGUCUGGAACCCCCAUGCAGAGUGCUGCCAAAGCUCCCUACCUGGCCAAGUUCAAAGUCAGGAGGUGUGGAGUCAGUGAGCUGGAAAAAGAAGGUCUGCAGUGUCGCUCAGAUUCUCUCGAUGAGGAGAAGAGUGAAGAGGAGGGGAAGAGGAUCUGCUGGCAGGCGGCCAUCUUUAAAGUCGGAGAUGACUGCAGACAGGAUAUGCUGGCGCUUCAGAUCAUCAGCCUGUUUAAGAACAUCUUCCAGCUGGUGGGCCUGGAUCUCUAUGUGUUUCCCUACAGAGUGGUGGCCACAGAUCCGGGAUGUGGAGUGAUUGAAUGCAUCCCCGACUGCAAGUCCCGUGACCAACUGGGCCGGCAGACAGACUUCGGCAUGUACGACUACUUCAGGAACCAGUAUGGAGAUGAAUCUACGCUGGCGUUCCAGAAGGCAAGGUACAACUUCAUCCGCAGUAUGGCAGCUUACAGCCUGCUCCUCUUCCUGCUGCAAAUCAAAGACAGGCACAACGGCAACAUCAUGCUGGACAGCCAGGGGCACCUCAUCCACAUUGACUUCGGGUUCAUGUUCGAAAGUUCUCCCGGUGGGAACCUCGGCUGGGAGCCGGACAUCAAGCUAACGGAUGAGAUGGUGAUGAUCAUGGGUGGGAAGAUGGAGGCGACGCCCUUCAAGUGGUUCAUGGAGAUGUGUGUGAGGGGAUACUUGGCUGUCAGGCCCUACAUGGACGGAGUGGUCUCCCUAGUCAACCUCAUGCUGGACACUGGGCUUCCCUGCUUCAGAGGACAGACCAUCAAACUGCUCAAGCAGCGAUUCAACCCGGGUUUGAGCGAAAAAGACGCAGCUUCCUUCAUCAUCAAAGUCAUCCAGAACUGCUUCCUCAGCAACAGGAGUAGAACCUACGACAUGAUCCAGUACUACCAAAAUCAGAUCCCAUACUAAACGUUUGUGCCUAAAGCAUGUGCAUAUAUUGGCUGGUACGUAGCGUGUGCGUGGCCGAGUUUGCGUGUGUGCCUUUUGUUAAUGUUCACCAUUGAAGAUUGUCGCUCACUGUUGAUUGUUGGAUGUCGUCCUUUGUGUUUGCCUUGGCUUCUCGUUUCCUUCCAAAACCAGUUUUCUUUAUAUUAGUUGUCUUUUAUUUAUUUAUAUGUUGAAAUCGGUGUUAUUAUUAUGAAUUGCUUUACUAUUGCACUAGCAUCUUGACUUCUCUAGAGAAAUAAAACUCUCGGUGAUCUGCACGUUCAGUUAAUACGUUGCCGGAGUUUGUGCCAAUUUUAAAUGAUUUGUAAUUUGUCCGUGAAUGUGGAUUCCGUUGAUUUUAGAUGGGGUUUGGAUUGUUAUCGGAUACUUGAAGUCGCUGAAAUAGAUACUGGGUUAAAUUCUGACCAAUGUGGCCUAUUCUGUCACCCUGUACUUGACUGUAAUACUGUGCUGUCUUUUUAAUGGACCAGUCAGAGCUCCUUGAUCUGUGGCAUGGUACUCGUCUUGUAUUUAGCCGUGAGACUUUAACUGUAUAGACAUGGGCUGAGCUGUCUGUAUUUUUUGGGGUUUGUCAUUUUUUCCAGUUUGAGUGGGAAAAGUCAUGCACAAAGGUUCUGGCAAACAAAUUUGUUUUUGUAUAUUUAGCAUUGCCAAAGGGGGGAGGGAAGAUAACGCACAUAAAUCAACCUUUUCUAUUGUUUGUGGAAGAAGGUAAGGAACAGCUUUAAUGUCGGGCUGUUGCAUGAAGUUUCCUACCAUGUAGCGUGUGUCCAAUGUGGCUUUCGGUGAUACUCACUUUAGGAACUCAAAGUGCUGUGCCCCACGUCAAUAUGGCUAGCGUGAGACUUCAUGUGUUGUUACUGGGUGUAAAGAUUUUGCCUCUCUUUGUAUAUUUCUAUCCAUGGCCCAUUUUCUGUCUCCUUUUCUAUCUUCAUGCCUUUUGAAUGAGAAUGCAUACGAUAUAAAAUCAAAUAAAGAUCUAUUAACUUAAA